AUGGUUUUGCUCCGCCUGCAUGUUCGCGUUUUCCCUCGAGAGCAAGCCCCGAGCCAACUCGAAGGCUCUGCCCAAUCUGUGUUGCGGACCAUAGAGAAUGACGAUGACAAGCAGAGUUUUGUGGGGUUUCUCCUCCUCGUCGAAAAGCCAGAAGCUUACUCCCUGCAUGAUCUUGCUUGGCUGAUCAAGGAAAAAUGGAGCAAACUACGUCCCGGUUCUGAGCCCCUGGCUAUCAAGAAACUCCUCGAUGAUAGCAUGCCUCACAGCGAUCUUGACAUCAAACUAUCUGUUGCCGAUGUAUUCAUCAACCGAGGGAAGGCUGAGACAGAUGGAUUUGACCAGUCGGGAAUUGUACGCGUGAUACAGAAAACCGCUACUCAUGCCCCCACGCGAUUCCCUUCGGUGGUGCAAGAUUUUGAUGGACCUGUUGGGUCUCGCGGUCGAAGACAAUCCCCCAUAUUCUCCCCGAUUUCCGAAGAGCCCCACGAAUCAUAUGAUAGUCCAUCAUUCCCCGCGCAACGAUUUGAUUUGACAUCGGGAACUCCAACUUUACCUAUGAAUAUCUCAAAUGAUUAUUCCAAUCCGCCGACAAGUUCAUAUGCCUCCGUUACAGCUCAAUCCCGGAAGCGCACACUUGAUAGCACAGAGAGCAACAGACCACCCAAGGAACCACGCCUGGGGCCUGUCGUUCAUUCAGCCAGAAAUACAACACCACCACCUCAACAGCAACGAGGACCAUUGCAGAGACCCCCACGCAUUCCAACCUUCGCAAGACCAAACCCGAAACUAUCUUACACUAGGCCGCCACACGGCAAUGGGCUAGGGUUAGAUCCAUCCACCAGCCCGAAAGCCAGAAGACGUGGAUCUCUGACCAACAUUCCUUCUACCGAUUUCAACACUCAUGUUUCUGGGUCAUCUCCGCCUCCGCUCCCUGUUCUCUCAACCACGCUAUCGCAGACCCCAAGGGAUAAAAGACAUACCCAGGACCGGCAUGUAACUUUUAGUGACAGUCCUAUGACCCAAAAGCCUCCCCGCUCCUCUCUCGCAUCAAGCCAGAACUCCAUUACUCCUAGCCAGCAGGGACCCGUCACUUUCCCCAGCACCAUCUCCGCUGACAAGAUCCAAGAAUUGCAAGCGCGCGCACAGGAGAGACUAGAUCUUCUUGAGGAUGCUACGACGAUGCAGAACGAUCCCAGGAUAAAUAAGUCACUGCUAUCAUUGGUCAACGAGAUUUGCCAAAUUGAUAAUCAAUUGAAGCGAUCCAAACGGAGCCACUAUGUGAAAUCUCACAGUCAAAAGAAGCUUGAUGAACUUUUGGGCAGAUUCAAAGAGGCCAAGAAAAUGCUUUUCGAUGAGUCACCAACAUUGCCCCUGUCUGAAGACCAUGAAGAAUACAGCCAGAGCGAGUCCAAUGUGGAAGUUGAUCAGCAGAUUGUUGACGGAGAAUCACACAAUCCCGUAGAGACCACGCCAGAACCGGUUCACUUGGUCACUGAAAUUCAAGGCCCACAAGAUCAAAUGGAACCCGUGAAUGUGGUCGAGCUACAUCUUGAUUCGGAUAAUGAAAAGACACCGGAUGCAAAUGAUGCAGUCCAGAAAAAUAUUAAUGAUCAAGAGGAGGACCAAGAUAUGACUGAGGCGGAUGAUACAACACAAAGGCUCGCAGAGCAGGAACCGGCAAAGCCACAAGAGGCACCAGAAGAGCGCAGUUUCUUCGCAGAAGAAGAACGUCAAUUGAUGCAGGAACUUGCAUCUGUCAAUCCUACAUCCGAGGCUGCUAUUAUCAGCGAGAAGGCGAAUUAUGUACUGUCCGAGUCUGAAAAUGAGGACCAAGACAGCUCUUCUUCGGCUUCUUCUUCUGAACAAGAUGACGAUGACUCCGAGCCUGAUCAUGUCUUGUAA